AUGUAUAGAACAUGGUUGAAAUUUCGAUUCAAUCCAACUUAGAUAAAAUGACUGACGAAGAAGCAAAGAUAAGAUUUGAGCUGGCGUGCAAUGACUACAUCAGAGAACCGAAUAAGGAAGCAUUCGAAUUUGUGGCUGAGAAUGGUCACAGAUUCUCAAUACUGCAAUUUGUUCAGCUGCUUCAGCAGCAUAUUACCUCUAAAGUUGAUGAUGUCCGACUUAAUGCUAUUACUUUGCUAGUGGACGUAUCUGUCAAGUCUAAACUUAACGAUUCUGAAGUGGUAGUUCUAAUAAAGUUUCUAUGCGGGAGACUCUCAGAGAAGUACAGCAUAGUUCCCAAGAUACUGUCAGGACUGACAGGCUACGUGAAGGAGAGAGAAGUAGACUCUAGCACUGCUUGUUUGAUAGCUAAAGAGUUAGCUCAGUCGGUUGAUGUACAGGCACUGCAUCAGGACACAAGACACAAGGCAUACACCCUCCUAUACUCCCUAUUACACUGCAACUUACUCAGUUUACUGGAAGGAAUGAACAAUGAGUUUGUUGUGAGUUACAUUAAUCUGAUCGAUGGAGAGCAGGACCCGCGGAAUCUGAUGCUUAUAUUUAACAUGACAGUAAUUGUACUUCAACACUUCAACCUUGAUAAUAUAGAAGAAACACUAUUUGACGUUAUAUCCUGUUACUACCCUAUUGAUUUCACCCCACCGGAUGACGCUGAUGUAAAAGUCAGUCCAGAAGAUCUGAGAGACAGACUUAACAACUGCUUUAAAGCUAACAACAAACUGGCUAAACACGCUAUUCCCUUCUUGCUGGACAAGUUUACCAGCUCUGUUAUGCAGACCAGAAUCCAGAGUUGUGAAACGUUGAAGUUAUGUAUAACGUCGUAUGGUAUCGGAUGUACUGAAGAACACUUAAUUCUUAUUUGGAACGAUGUGAAACAGGAAAUAUUUGGAGGAGUUAAUAGAGACUUACGUGAAAGGUGUCUAGAAGUAAUAUCCUCGCUGUUUUGGGUGCUGACUAUUCCUAAUGCGAAGAACAAAUCUUUAGAUCCGUCUCAGUUCAUGGGUGUGGUGUUUGAUUACUGCAAAGAGAAACUUAGUUACAGUGAAAUUAAGUAUCUCCGACCUACAGCGUGUAUUCUUACUGCUAUCGUUAAGAGUUCAGGAGCAGGAAGUGGUUUGGUAGCAGAGCAUUGCCUGGAUUGGUUUACAGACCGAUUUCUAGAGCACACAGAAGCCAAUGUGAAGCAGAUAAUAUUAGAUGAAAUGGUAACUUUACUGGGAGAUAUGCAGUGUGAACCUGCUAGAGCCACAGCCGCUGUUAACCACUUUCAGUGGAAAAAAUUAGAAGGUAUGUUUCUGGGUGUUAUCUCUGAUAAGCAGUCUCGAGAGUUAUGCAGUUCUGGGCUAUGUGCUAUCAGUAAAAGCAGCUAA